AUGCCGGCCCCGCAGCCCGUCGCCAGCACCGGAAACUCUGCUGCCUCCUCCCAUGUCCUCUUCCCACUCAGAGGGACUAGCGCAUUCCAGACCCCCGGCAGCCACAGGUACUGUGGUCUGUGCACCCUCAGAUUCAGUACCCCGUCCACCUUCAGCGCCCACGAGAAGUAUUGCUGGUUCUCACACGCCACGGAGCACGUGAAACGAGCUAGGCGCCACAGCAUGAAGUGGUGUCCCAUAUACACGGCCCACUUGUCUCUCCAGCUGCAGGGCUGGCUUGCUCAUAGGCUUGCAGAGAAGGGACAGACCCCUGACUGCUGA